UACUUAAAGUGACGUUUCUAUCGUGCAAAUGCGAAAACCAUCCUAUAAUAAUAAUAGCAGUCACCUGUGAGGACUCAGCCCGGAAAUAUAUCCCCAAUCAAACGUAAAUUUCAUAACUACGCACGAUCGACGACUGUUCCUGUUUGGUGGAAAUGUCAUUGAAAAAGUAGACGCGAAAUUCUUGCAAUUCUGGCCCCGAUCGAAGCGAACAUGAAAACGGGCCAAAGCGAUGGGUAAGAAAAUGGCGGUAUCGUUAGAAAAUCGUUACAGCUUGUAAGUACUUCUGUGCUGUAGUCUAUGCCUACUACAGUUCGUCAUCACUCGUGUGACAGUUCAUCCUGGAGCGGGGGUCGACCGAUCACCCGCUCAAGAUUUUAAAGAUUUUGCGAUACCGAUUGCCGCGGGAUGGGUGACUCCUUGGACGGCUCCGGGGAACCGUCCCCGGAGUCUCAGAUUGUUACGGUCGUGGGUUAUUGGGAGUUUGCUAAUUAUUUAAAAAAGGUCGUGAUGGUACUUCUGCCCGACGAAGAUGUGGUACCACCCGCGUUCGUUUCUGCUCUCGACGACAAGAACAAUCAGGAGUACGUGAAAAAAUUUUUGAACGACUCACAGGUGUGGGCGCUUUACAUACAAAGGAAUUCCAGUAAAGAGGAAGACAGCAAUGAAGCAGACGAAGAGAAAGAAAAUUGUGUUUUCUAUAUAUCGAACGAGAUACAUUUUACUAAUCCUAAAAUGGCCUCCUUAGUUAUAACAAAGCGUGGAGCUAUAGUCGAAGCCGAUAAGACUAUCCAUUCGCAAUUGCGUCUAGUAACGUUCUCGGACGGACCGCCUUACGAAACUUUGCACGCUAUAAGCAAAACUAUGGCUCCGUAUUUUAAGAGCUACGUGAAGGAAACAGGUCGUGCGGACCGAGACGGUGAUAAAAUGGCACCAACCGUGGAAAAGAAGAUAGCAGAACUCGAAAUGGGUUUGUUGCAUUUACAACAGAACAUAGAUAUUCCUGAAAUUUCGCUGCAAAUUCAUCCAGUCGUUGCACAAGUGAUUAAACAAUGCGCCGAAGAGAAUCGCAAGCCUAAAGUUGCUGAUUUUGGCGAUAAGGUUGAAGAUUCAACAUUCCUGAACCAGUUGCAGAAUGGUGUCAAUAGAUGGAUAAAGGAAAUUCAAAAGGUCACCAAAUUAAAUCGUGAUCCAGAGUCGGGCACUGCUCUUCAAGAAAUUUCAUUCUGGUUAAAUCUGGAGAGAGCGUUGCACCGGAUACAAGAGAAACGAGAGAGUAUAGAAAUAUCUUUGACUCUGGAUAUACUCAAGCAUGGAAAGAGAUUCCAUGCGACGGUUAGUUUUGAUACGGACACUGGGUUGCAACAAGCUCUGGCUACAGUCAACGAUUACAAUCCAUUGAUGAAGGACUUCCCAAUUAACGAUUUACUAUCGGCAACGGAACUUGAAAGAAUACGGAUCAGUAUUCAGCAAAUUUUUAUGCAUAUACGGAAAAUUAGAAGCACAAAGUACCCUACUCAGAGAGCACUGAGGCUGAUAGAAGCCAUCUCCAGAGAUCUAGGGCAACAACUCCUCAAAGUGUUGGGCACAAGAAGAUUAAUGCACAUUCCAUUCGACGAGUUCGAGAAAGUUAUGGGACAGUGUUUCGAAGUAUUCAACGCGUGGGACGACGAGUACGAAAAAUUAACGGGAUUAUUGAGAGACCUUAUAAAGAAGAAACGCGACGAACAUAUGAAAAUGGUAUGGAGGAUCACGCCUAUGCACAAGAAGUUGGAAGCCAGAAUGGAACAUAUGCGACAGUUCCGUCGACAGCACGAACAACUCAGGACAGUUAUUGUUCGCGUACUUAGACCCACAGUACUUCAGAGUAAUAAUACCGCCACGUUGGAGAAUCCUGAUAACGAUAAAGCCGAGUUUGCUUUGGACGCGGCGGACGCAAAUGCCAUCAGCGAAGUAAAUUUAGCGUACGAGAACGUGAAAGAGAUCGACUGCCUCGAUAUUACCAAAGAGGGUCUUGAAUCCUGGAAAGCUGCUGUACAUAGGUACGAGGAACGCAUAGAAAGAGUCGAAGCAAGGAUCACAGCACACCUGAGAGAUCAAUUGGGUAUCGCGAAAAAUGCAAACGAAAUGUUUCGUAUCUUCUCGCGUUUCAACGCGCUCUUCGUGAGACCGCACAUUCGAGGCGCCAUUAGAGAAUACCAGACACAAUUGAUACAGAGAGUAAAAGACGAUAUCGAAGCUCUGCACGAAAAGUUUAAGGUUCAAUAUGCACAAAGCAAAUGUUGUAAAAUGAGCAUAGUCAGAGACUUGCCUCCUGUCGCUGGAUCCAUUAUCUGGGUUAAACAAAUAGAUUACCAGCUCACGAUGUACUUAAAACGGGUUGAGGAUGUAUUAGGUAAAGGAUGGGAGAGUCACAUCGAAGGGCAAAAGUUGAAGGCGGAUGGUGACAGCUUUCGCAUGAAACUGUCUACUCUGGAAAUAUUUAACGAGUGGGCGCGGAAAGUGCAACAAAGGAACCUCGGCGUUACCGGGAGAAUUUUUACAAUAGACAAUGUACGAUCGCGUACGGGACGCGGGAACGUGUUGAAAUUGAAAGUGAAUUUCCUUCCUGAAAUUAUCACGUUAUCGAAGGAAGUGAGAAACUUGAGGAAUCUCGGUUUCCGUGUACCGUUACCUAUUGUUAAUAAAGCGCAUCAGGCCAAUCAACUGUACCCGUUCGCGAUCAGCCUGAUCGACAGCAUCAGAACAUACGAGAGAACUCUCGAGAAGCUUACCAAUUGGAGUCCCCACUGCUCCGCAUUGAAGAUCGAAGACAAGGCCAGUAUCGUGCCUUUGGUCGCUGGGAUGCGCAACGACGUUCUGUCGCUUAUUUCCGAGGGAAUCGCUCUCAUCUGGGAAAGUUAUAAGUUGGAUCAGUACGUGCAACGUCUAUCAGAUGUCGUCGUCUCGUUCCAAGAAAAAGUGGAAGACCUGGUGGUGGUCGAGGAACAACUGGACGUGGACGUUCGUUCCCUCGAAACAUGUCCAUACUCGGCAAACACCUUCGCCGACAUACUUUCAAAAAUACAAAAGGCUGUGGACGAGCUGUCCUUAAAGAACUACUCCAACUUGAAUAUCUGGGUAGCCAGACUCGACGAGGAGGUAGAAAAGAAUUUAGCCGCCAGAUUGGAAGCUGGAAUAAAGGCGUGGACCGACGCUCUUACCGGUCAGAAGAAAGAAGUUGAUCUUAGUAUGGACACCGAUGCACCGUCUCAGCCAACGCACAAACCUGGCGGCGACCCAAAGAUUCAGAAUCAGAUUCACGAAGUUCGCAUAACGAACCAGACCAUGUACUUGUAUCCGAGCAUAGAGGACGCUAGGUUCCAAAUAAUGCAACAGCUGUUCGCGUGGCAGGCGAUCGUCACCUCGCAAAUGCGUCUCCAAAGCUCGAGGUAUCAAGUAGGUCUGGAUAAACCAGAGUCUGGCACCUACAGGAACCUUCUCACGAAAUUGCCCGCUGGUAAACAACCUCUGGAGGCAGCCUACAACGCGGUCGAGUCCAAAAUGAGGGACGUGGCCGAUUACGUGGACCAGUGGUUGCGUUACCAGGCGCUCUGGGACCUGCAGCCGGAUAAUUUGUACGGCAAACUGGGCGAGAACAUAAACUUGUGGAUGAAAUGCUUGAACGACAUCAAGAAAACUAGAACCACCUUCGACACGUCCGACACCAGACGCGAAUUCGGCCCUGUUAUAAUCGGUUACGCGAAGGUGCAAAGCAAGGUAUCCUUGAAGUACGAUUCGUGGCACAAAGAGACGUUGGGUAAGUUUGGUACUCUACUUGGGAAUGAGAUGUCGAGCUUCCAUUCGCAAGUAUCGAAGUCCAGAAGCGAUUUGGAGCAACAGUCCAUCGAGGCUGCCAGCACAUCAGAUGCAGUUGGGCUGAUAACUUAUGUGCAAUCUUUGAAACGUAAGAUGAAAGCGUGGGAGAAGCAAGUGGACGUGUACCGCGAGGGUCAGAGGAUAUUGGAACGCCAGAGGUUCCAGUUCCCGUCCUCGUGGCUGCACGUGGACAACAUCGAGGGCGAGUGGGGAGCAUUUAACGAGAUACUGAAGAGAAAGGACACGAGCAUACAAACGCAAGUAGCCUCGUUGCAAAUGAAGAUCGUCGCGGAGGACAAGGCGGUCGAGAUAAGGACCUCCGACUUCCUGAGCGACUGGGAAAGAGGCAAACCAGUCGAGGGUCAUCUGCGCCCGGACGACGCGUUGCAACAGCUGCAGCUCUUUGAAAGUAAAUUCGCUAGGUUGAAAGAGGAGAGGGACAACGUGGCGAAGGCUAAAGAAGCUUUGGAGUUGCAAGAACCGGGAGGAGUAUCCACCAGCGAGGAUAGGAUGCAAGUGGUGUUCGAGGAGCUUCAAGACUUGAGAGGCGUUUGGUCAGAACUGUCAAAGAUAUGGUCUCAGAUCGACGAGACCCGCGAGAAGCCUUGGCUGUCCGUUCAGCCGAGGAAAUUACGUCAACAAUUGGACACGAUGAUGGCGCAGUUGAAGGAACUACCCGCCAGACUCAGACAGUACUCUUCAUAUGAAUACGUUAAGAAGAUGCUGCAAAGUUACACGAAAGUCAACAUGUUGAUAGUCGAAUUGAAGUCCGACGCUUUGAAGGAGAGACACUGGAAGCAACUGACGAAGCAGCUUCGAGUCAACUGGGUGCUGAGCGAGCUUACCCUCGGCCAAGUCUGGGACGUGAACCUGCAGAAGAACGAAGGAAUAGUCAAAGACAUCAUCCUCGUGGCGCAGGGUGAAAUGGCGCUGGAAGAGUUCUUGAAACAGGUCCGCGAGUCCUGGCAAACGUACGAACUGGAUCUGAUAAAUUACCAAAAUAAAUGUAAGUUGAUUCGCGGUUGGGACGACCUCUUUAACAAGGUCAAAGAGCACAUCAAUUCGGUGGCUGCGAUGAAGCUGUCGCCCUACUACAAAGUCUUCGAGGAGGAGGCGUUGACUUGGGAAGAGAAACUGAACAGAAUCAACGCGUUGUUCGACGUCUGGAUAGAUGUACAAAGACGUUGGGUGUACUUGGAGGGUAUCUUCUCGAGCAGUGCAGACAUCAAAACGCUGUUACCCGUUGAAACGUCUCGUUUCCAGAGCAUCAGCUCCGAGUUUCUAGGUCUGAUGAAGAAAGUGUCGAAAUCCCCUAUGGUCAUGGACGUUCUGAACAUUCCUGGCGUGCAGAGGGCGCUGGAACGUUUGGCUGACUUGCUUGGCAAAAUACAGAAAGCUUUGGGAGAGUAUCUGGAGAGAGAACGUACCUCGUUCCCGCGGUUCUAUUUCGUGGGAGACGAGGACCUGCUGGAAAUCAUUGGCAACAGUAAGAACAUCGCCAGGCUGCAGAAGCACUUCAAGAAGAUGUUUGCAGGCAUAGCAGCUAUUCUCCUGAGCGAGGACAACACCAUUAUUACAGGCAUAGUGUCCCGCGAGGGGGAGGAAGUACUGUUCCAGAAUCCAGUGUCUACCGUGGACUAUCCCAAGAUCAACGAAUGGCUGACCCUCGUCGAGAAAGAGAUGAGAGUCACCCUGGCGUCGAGUUUGGCAAGAGCAGUACAGGACAUCAAGCAGUUCAAAGACGGUAACAUCAAUCCACAGGCGUUCAUGACAUGGUGCGACUACUACCAGGCACAGAUCAUCGUCCUGGCUGCUCAGAUCUUGUGGUCGGAGGAUGUCGAGGCGGCUCUGCACGAAUCCCAAAACGAUCCAAGCAAGAACCCCUUGGAAAGAGUGCUGUUGCAAGUGGAGGGCACGUUGAACGUUCUGGCGGACUCUGUCCUCCAAGAGCAGCCUGCUUUGAGGCGAAAGAAGCUGGAGCAUUUGAUCAACGAGUUCGUGCACAAGCGCACAGUGACCAGAAGAUUGAUCGCUAACAACGUCUCCAAUCCAAAGGCGUUCGAAUGGCUGUGUGAAAUGAGAUUCUACUUUGACCCUAGGCAGACCGAGGUUCUCCAACAGCUCACCAUACACAUGGCGAACGCCAAGUUCUUUUACGGGUUCGAGUACUUGGGGGUGCAAGACAGGUUGGUGCAGACACCUUUGACGGACAGGUGUUACCUGACGAUGACCCAGGCUUUGGAGGCUCGUCUAGGUGGCUCUCCGUUUGGACCAGCCGGAACAGGAAAGACAGAGUCGGUGAAAGCGUUGGGCCAUCAGCUUGGAAGGUUCGUGUUGGUGUUCAAUUGCGACGAGACCUUCGACUUCCAGGCCAUGGGUCGCAUCUUCGUUGGUCUCUGCCAGGUCGGUGCGUGGGGUUGCUUCGACGAGUUCAAUCGUUUGGAGGAGCGUAUGCUCUCCGCUGUCUCUCAGCAAGUGCAGACCAUUCAGGAGGCAUUGAAGAGCCAGAUGGAGGGGAAGAAGGAAGGAAUGCUCUGCGUGGAGUUGGUUGGCAAGCAAGUGAAAGUCUCCACGGACAUGGCGAUCUUCAUCACCAUGAAUCCAGGCUACGCUGGACGAUCCAAUCUUCCCGACAACCUGAAGAAACUCUUCAGGUCGUUGGCCAUGACCACGCCGGAUAGACAGUUGAUCGCUGAGGUGAUGCUCUUCAGCCAAGGAUUUAGGUCUGCUGAGAAACUGGCGUGCAAGAUUGUACCAUUCUUCAAGCUGUGCGACGAGCAACUGUCUGAUCAGUCCCAUUACGAUUUUGGUCUUCGAGCUCUGAAGUCAGUGCUCAUUUCCGCCGGAAAUGUCAAACGUGACCGCAUCCAGAAGAUCAAGGAAGGCAUGCAGAAUCGCGGCAAGACGAACAUCGACGAGGCCUCGAUCGCUGAGAACUUGCCCGAGCAAGAGAUCCUCAUCCAAUCCGUUUGCGAGACAAUGGUGCCAAAGUUGGUCGCUGAAGAUAUUCCACUACUGUUCAGUUUGCUGAACGAUGUGUUCCCCAAUGUAAAUUACACGCGUGCAGAGAUGAAAGGAUUGAAAGAUCAGAUCAGAAAGGUGUGCAUGGAGGAGUAUCUGGUGUGUGGCGAGGGCGACGAGCAAGGAGGAGCUUGGCAAGAAAAGGAUAUGAUCGGUGAGACCUGGCUAGGAAAGGUACUGCAACUCUAUCAAAUCUGCAACCUGAACCAUGGACUGAUGAUGGUGGGGCCCAGCGGUUCUGGUAAAACAAUGGCGUGGAAGGUGCUCCUGAAAGCUCUGGAGAGAUUCGAAGGAGUGGAAGGCGUUGCACACGUCAUUGAUCCAAAAGCAAUCAGCAAAGAGACGUUGUAUGGUGUGCUGGAUCCAAAUACCCGCGAGUGGACCGACGGUCUCUUCACGCACAUCCUCCGUAAGAUCAUCGACAACGUGAGAGGAGAGAUCAACAAGAGACAGUGGAUCAUAUUCGACGGGGACGUUGAUCCCGAAUGGGUGGAGAAUCUGAACUCCGUGCUGGACGACAACAAACUGCUCACUUUGCCAAACGGCGAACGUCUGAGUCUACCGCCAAACGUGAGGGUCAUGUUCGAGGUGCAGGAUCUGAAGUACGCCACGUUGGCCACCGUUUCUCGUUGCGGUAUGGUUUGGUUCUCCGAGGACGUGCUGUCCACGGAGAUGAUAUUCGAGAACUACAUGCUACGUUUGCGUCACAUCCCGCUGGAGGACGGCGAGGAAGACAAUCUGAGCAAAAAGGCAUCUGAGAAGGAGGACACGGUGUCACCAGCGUUGUCCGUGCAGAGGGAAGUCGCCAGCAUCUUGCAGAGCUACUUUGCUCCCGAUGGCUUGGUAGUGAGAUGCUUGGAGUACGCCAUGAAGCAGGAACACAUAAUGGACUUCACUCGUUUGCGUGCACUGAGCUCCCUGUUCUCCAUGCUGAACCAAUCUGUACGCAACGUUCUUCAGUACAAUCACUCUCACACUGACUUCCCCUUGCCCAGCGAGCAGCUGGAGCGUUACAUGCCAAAGUGUCUGGUGUACGCUCUGCUGUGGAGCUUCGCUGGCGACGCGAAAUUGAAGGUCAGAUCCGAUUCCGGAGACUUCGUCAGGUCCAUCACUACCGUGCCUCUACCGACGCAGAGUAACAUUCCUAUCAUAGACUUCGAAGUCAGCAUUCACGGCGAAUGGUUGCCUUGGAGCAACAAGGUACCUCAGAUCGAAGUGGAAACGCACAAGGUAGCUAGUCCAGACAUCGUCGUACCCACUCUGGACACCGUCAGGCACGAGAGUCUGCUGUACACGUGGUUGGCGGAGCACAAACCAAUAGUGCUUUGUGGACCACCUGGGUCCGGUAAAACCAUGACUCUCUUCUCCGCCUUGCGAGCACUGCCCGACAUGGAAGUCGUUGGCCUCAACUUCUCGUCAGCCACCACUCCCGAGCUGCUGCUCAAGACCUUCGAUCACUAUUGCGAGUACCGUAAAACACCAAACGGCGUUGUACUGUCCCCGGUGCAGCUGGGCAAAUGGCUAGUCCUGUUCUGCGACGAGAUCAAUCUACCUGACAUGGAUAACUACGGAACGCAACGCGUGAUCUCGUUCCUGAGACAGUUGGUAGAACACAGAGGUUUCUACAGAACCAGCGACCAGGCGUGGGUCACUCUGGAAAGGAUCCAGUUCGUCGGUGCUUGCAAUCCUCCGACAGACCCUGGCAGAAAACCCCUAAGUCACAGAUUCCUACGACACGUUCCAGUCAUCUACGUCGACUAUCCGGGAGAGACGUCCUUGAAACAGAUCUAUGGAACGUUUACUCGCGCUAUGCUCAGAUUAACUCCUUCGUUGAGGGGCUAUGCAGAACCGUUGACGAACGCCAUGGUGGAGUUCUACCUGGCGUCCCAGGAAAGAUUCACUCAAGACAUGCAACCGCACUACGUCUAUUCCCCGCGUGAGAUGACCAGAUGGGUACGCGGGAUCUGCGAAGCCAUCAGGCCUCUCGACAACCUGUCGGUGGAGGGUUUGGUGCGCUUGUGGGCCCACGAGGCCCUUCGACUCUUCCAAGACAGACUGGUGGAGGAUACAGAAAGAGCCUGGACCAAUAAAAACAUAGACACCGUCGCCAUGAAGCACUUCCUGGGUGUAGACAGGGAGAGAGCGUUGGCCAGGCCCAUCUUGUACAGCAACUGGCUAUCCAAGGACUAUGUACCAGUCAAUAGGCAAGAGCUACGAGAUUACGUUAGGGCAAGGCUGAAAGUAUUCUACGAAGAAGAGCUAGACGUGCCUUUGGUGCUCUUCGACGAGGUUCUCGAACACGUUCUUCGAAUUGACAGAAUUUUCCGUCAGCCUCAGGGACACUUAUUGCUAAUUGGUGUCUCUGGCGCUGGUAAGACAACUCUGUCCAGAUUUGUUGCGUGGAUGAACGGUUUGUCCAUAUUCCAAAUAAAGGUGCACAAUAAAUAUACCGGCGAAGAUUUCGAUGAAGAUUUGCGCCAAGUGCUGAGACGUUCCGGUUGCAAGGAUGAGAAGAUAGCAUUCAUUCUCGAUGAGUCCAACGUGCUGGAUUCUGGCUUCCUGGAGCGAAUGAACACGCUGCUCGCUAACGGAGAGGUGCCUGGUCUCUUCGAAGGUGACGAGUAUACAACCUUGAUGACACAGUGUAAGGAGGGCGCUCAGCGCGAGGGUCUCAUGCUGGAUUCCAACGAGGAGCUGUACAAAUGGUUCACCGGUCAAGUCAUGAAGAACUUGCACGUGGUGUUCACGAUGAAUCCAAGCACGGAUGGCCUCAAAGACCGCGCCGCGACCUCGCCCGCGUUGUUCAACCGGUGCGUGUUGAACUGGUUCGGCGACUGGUCGGACGACGCGUUCUUCCAAGUCGGCAAGGAGUUCACCAGCCGCGUGGACCUUGAGAGACCCACCUGGAAGUGUCCAGACUUCUUCCCGUCCGUCUGCUCGCUGAUCCCCUCUGUACCAUCGCACAGAGACGCGGUCAUAAACGCCUGCGUCUACGUCCACCAGACUUUGCACAAGGCAAACGCUAGGCUGGUGAAACGGGGCAGCAGAACCAUGGCGAUCACGCCUCGCCACUACCUGGACUUCAUCAAUCACUUCGUGAAACUCUACCAGGAGAAGAGGAGCGACCUGGAGGAGCAACAGCUGCACCUGAACGUCGGUCUGAGCAAGAUUGCUGAAACGGUGGAGCAGGUGGAGGAGAUGCAGAAGAGCUUGGCUAUAAAGUCUCAGGAGUUGCACGCGAAGAACGAGGCCGCGAAUGCAAAAUUGCGACAGAUGGUGAAGGACCAGCAGGAGGCGGAGAAGAAGAAGGUGCAGAGCCAGGAGAUUCAGCAGCAGUUGGCUAUACAGACGGUGGCCAUCAACCAAAAGAGGGACGACGUUGUGGUUGACCUGGCGCAGGUCGAGCCAGCCGUGAUCGACGCCCAGAAUGCGGUGAAAUCGAUAAAGAAACAGCAUUUAGUCGAAGUACGGUCCAUGGCGAAUCCGCCGGCGACCGUGAAGGUCGCGUUGGAGUCUAUCUGCUUAUUGCUCGGUGAGAAUGCCAGUGACUGGAAAUCUAUCCGCGCUGUCAUCAUGAGGGACAAUUUUAUCAAUACUAUUGUCUCUAAUUUCAGUACAGAGGCCAUUACCGACGAGGUGAGGGAGAAAAUGAAGAGUCGCUAUCUGAGCAAUCCCGACUACAACUUUGAGAAAGUGAAUCGAGCCAGCUUGGCUUGUGGACCGCUGGUUAAAUGGGCCACCGCGCAGAUCGAGUAUGCGGACAUGUUGAAACGAGUAGAACCCCUGAGGGACGAGCUCCAUUCGUUGGAACGUCAGGCUGAAACAAACAUGCAGAAAGGCGAGGAAGUGAAGAAUUUGAUCGCCCAAUUGGAACAGAGCAUAGCCUCCUACAAGGAAGAAUACGCUCAAUUAAUCUCUCAAGCUCAAGCCAUCAAAGCUGACUUGGAGAGCGUGCAAGCCAAAGUAGAUCGCUCUAUUGCUUUGCUGAAAUCCUUGGGAAUCGAAAGGGAACGAUGGGAAGCAACGAGCGAGACAUUCAAGAGUCAAAUGUCUACAAUAAUAGGAGAUGUUCUCCUAUCAUCCGCCUUCCUAGCCUAUGCUGGAUACUUCGACCAACACUACCGACAAAAUCUAUUCAGUACCUGGUGCCAACAUCUGCAAUACGCGAAUCUCCAUUUCCGACCUGACAUAGCAAGAACAGAGUACCUCUCGAAUCCUGAUGAACGUCUGAGGUGGCAGGCGAACGCCUUGCCAACGGACGACCUCUGCACAGAGAAUGCCAUCAUGCUGAAACGCUUCAACAGAUACCCACUGAUCAUCGACCCAUCCGGUCAAGCGACAGAGUUCAUAAUGAACGAGUUCAAGGACCGAAAGAUCACGAAAACGAGCUUCUUGGACGACUCCUUCAGGAAGAAUCUCGAGAGCGCUCUGCGCUUUGGUAAUCCUCUGUUGGUGCAAGACGUAGAAAACUACGACCCGAUACUGAACCCUGUCCUGAACAGAGAACUGAGAAGAACAGGUGGACGUGUACUGAUCACCCUCGGUGACCAGGACAUCGACCUUUCACCGUCCUUCGUCAUCUUCUUGUCCACCAGAGAUCCCACCGUGGAGUUCCCGCCAGACAUCUGCUCGCGUGUCACCUUUGUAAACUUCACCGUCACCAGAAGCUCCCUGCAGAGCCAGUGUUUGAACCAAGUCCUGAAAGCAGAGCGCCCGGACAUCGACGAGAAGAGGUCCGACCUGUUGAAACUGCAAGGCGAGUUCCACCUGCGGCUACGGCAGCUCGAGAAGUCUUUGCUGCAGGCGCUGAACGACGCCAAGGGGAAGAUCCUCGACGACGAUUCCGUGAUCACCACCCUGGAAACGUUGAAACAGGAGGCUGCAGACAUCAGCAAGAAGGUGGAGGAGACGGACAAAGUGAUAGCAGAGAUAGAAACAGUCUCACAACAGUACAUGCCCUUGUCACAAGCCUGCUCCAACAUGUACUUCACUAUGGACAGUCUGAAUCAAGUGCACUUCUUGUAUCAGUAUUCUCUGAACAUGUUCUUGGACGUGUUCACAUCCGUGUUGUCUCAGAACCCAAGGCUGUCCAAUAUAUCAGACUACACGCAGAGGCUGUCGGUGAUCAUCAGCGACCUGUUCUCCGCCUGUUACGAGCGCGUAGCGCGCGGGAUGCUGCACACCGAUAGGCUAACAUUUGCACUGCUAUUGUGCAGAAUACAUUUGAAGGGUAUCGCCACGGAGUCCACGUACGACAGCGAGUUCACGUUCUUCUUACGGGGCAAGGAAGGUGUCCUGAACAUCCGGGGACCCCUCGCGCCCAAUCUGAGCUCUGAGCAACAGGAAGCCAUGAUGAGGUUGAGCCUCAGGCUACCAGCCUUCAAGAAACUGGCGGAGAAGAUACAAGAGAACGCUGAAUUUAACUCGUGGCUGCAAUCGCCGACCCCUGAGACCUGUGUGCCAAAACUGUGGAACGAGGAGAAGCCGUUGACACCGACUGGGACAGCUAUGCACCAGCUGUUGAUCAUCCAAGCGUUCCGACCGGAUCGCGUGAUAGCUGCUGCGACGCUGGUGGUCACGUCCGCCCUGGGUGAAUCCUUCAUGGCUGCUGCAGAGGCGGAACUCGACUUUGCGUCUGUGGUUGAUAACGAAUUGAAGGCCACGGUGCCUGCCUUGCUGUGCUCAGUGCCUGGCUUCGACGCGUCGGGUAGAGUAGACGAUCUGGCCGCUGAGUCGGGCAAGCAAAUAGCCAGCAUCGCCAUUGGGUCCACGGAAGGGUUCAACCAGGCCGACAGAGCUAUAAACAUGGCCGUCAAGGCUGGCAGAUGGGUGUUGCUGAAGAACGUGCACUUGGCCCCGCAGUGGCUGGUGCAGCUGGAGAAGAAGUUGCACAGUCUUCAGCCGCACGCCAGCUUCAGGCUGUUCUUGACCAUGGAGAUCAGUCCAAAGGUGCCGGUGAAUCUGCUCAGGGCUGGCAGAAUAUUCGUCUUCGAGCCACCGCCAGGCAUCAGAGCAAACCUAUUGAGGACCUUCAGCACCGUACCAGCGUCGAGGAUGAUGAAAGCGCCCAACGAGAGGGCCCGUCUCUACUUCCUGUUGGCCUGGUUCCACGCUAUCGUUCAGGAACGCCUUCGUUACGCUCCACUAGGCUGGGCCAAGCAUUACGAGUUCAACGAGAGCGACCUGAGAGUAGCGUGCGACACUCUGGACACCUGGAUAGAGACCACAGCUAUGGGCAGAACCAACUUGCCUCCGGAGAAGGUGCCCUGGGACGCUGUGGUCACGCUGCUCUCUCAGUGCAUAUACGGUGGGAAGAUCGACAACGACUUCGACCAACGUCUGCUGACGUCGUUCCUUAGAAAACUGUUCACACCCAGGUCCUUCGAGGCUGACUUUGCCCUAGUUGCUAAUAUAGACGCUUCGCAAGCGAGUCAGAGGAACAUCACCAUGCCAGAUGGCACCAGGCGCGAUCACUUCCUCAAGUGGAUCGAGUCGCUGUCUGACAGGCAAACACCUUCCUGGCUAGGUCUACCGAACAACGCGGAGAAAGUGCUGCUCACCACCAGAGGAACCGACUUGGUGUCGAAGUUGCUGAAGAUGCAGCAGCUGGAGGACGAGGACGAGUUGGCGUAUUCGAACGAAGAGUCACUGGACACGCCUACUAAGGCUGAAGCCGAUGGUCGACCCUCGUGGAUGAGGACGCUCAACAAUUCAGCCUCCACCUGGCUACAGUUGCUUCCCAAGAACCUGCCAACCCUGAAGAGAACCGUGGAGAAUAUAAAGGACCCUCUCUACCGCUACUUCGAGAGAGAGGUGAACAGUGGCGCCAAGUUGCUGCAAGAUGUGAUUCACGAUUUGGAGGACGUAGUCUUAAUUUGCCAGAGCAAGAAGAAGCAGACCAAUUAUCACAGAACCAUGUUGUCGGAAUUGGUGAAGGGCAUUUUACCUGGUCGCUGGAGACGCUAUACCGUACCGAGAGGUUGCACGGUGAUACAGUGGAUAACCGAUUUUAGUCAUAGAGUGUCUCAGUUGCAAGAGGUCUCGCGACUGGUGUCUCAAGGAGGAGCGAAAGAGAUCAAGAGUUUUCCCGUUUGGCUCGGUGGGCUGCUGAAUCCUGAAGCGUACAUCACGGCGACGAGACAAUGCAUAGCGCAGGCGAACAGUUGGUCGCUCGAGGAGCUUCAGUUGGACGUGACGAUUGGAGACUGUGAUAAUAUCGCGACCGACGACUGCUCGUUCGCCGUUACCGGUUUGAAGCUGCAAGGAGCACAGUGCAAGGACAAUCAGCUGUAUCUGACGUCCACCAUAAUGACCGACUUACCAGUUACCAUGUUAAGAUGGAUACGCUCAGCCACCGACGAAGUCCGCAAAGGCAAGCUCUCGUUGCCGGUUUACCUGAACAGCACGCGUACCGAGCUGCUGUUCACCGUCGAUUUAAACAUCGCUCCUAGUCAAGAUCCUCACAGUUUCUACGAGAGAGGAGUCGCCGUUCUUACAUCCACCGCUUUGAAUUAAUAUCUUUAAUACUAGUUAAUUGUAUUUGCCUCGCGGGAGCUAGUCUCCCGGAACCGUUUUAAUUCCGUAUCGAGAUGGGAUAUUUAAAAAAAAAGAAAUAACAUAACGAUGAAAUUACUUUGCAACGACUUAAUUAUCAUGUAUGAUUCGGGAAUGGGGAAAAUGGGCUACCACGAAGCUACUCUCCGCAUAUAGUGUAAGGAUUUCAUGGAGAUAUUUAUUUGUCUGUCCUUUUUUUUUUUUUUUUUUCUAAUAAUUAUUUAUGACCUAACCAUUUAAGGAAUACCGAUUUUUCAUUCGAUAUAGAAUAGUAGUAUGUUUCGUCGAUGCUAGCUCGCGCAACUUUGCAUUAAAUCCUUCGUGGAGAGACGUUUGCCCAUUACUCGUGACGUAAUAAGUAAAAUAUACGUAUGGUAAAGAAUAUUAUUUAAACGCAUCAAGAGGGUUAUCUUUCUGCACAUUUUGUAAGCGUGUAAUGAAACGAAAAUGCUCUGUACGGCGAUUUUAGCAUAAUCGAUGAAAGUGCAUGACAUCCGUGUAAGGGUCGUCGUUUCGAUAACGAGGUUGUAAUAUACAUAGUUUAUUUAGUUUUAUAUACGUUCGAAACUGAAAGACCGCUUUCUGUAACAAAGAUACGUUGCGUUCGCUUAUGUGUAAGUACCAAGGUACUGUAGAAUUUAUAUUAUUUGAAUGGCAUCUAAUAAAUAAUUUA